GCUACCGGCUCACCUCCGCGCCGAGCCGCCCAGGAGCCCCUGCCCGCGGCGCUCCGCAUCGCACCCCCCGCCCCAGCCCGGCCACUCCAGCCCGGAGCCCUCCGUGAGUCCCCUCCGCGGACUUCCCUGCCGUCCGUUGCCUCCUCUUCCCGCUUUGGGACUCCGGACCCCAGCCUCGCCGCAGCCCCCGGCUCCCGGGAGAGGCGGCCGCGAGCCCCGCACCGGCCCCUGCUGCAGACUCGCGCGUCGCCCGCCGCCCGCGCCCGCUUGCCCGAAGGAACUCGCGGACACUUCCUUGAUGCACCCAUUCCAGUGGUGUAACGGGUGUUUCUGUGGCUUGGGACUGGUUAGCACCAACAAGUCCUGCUCAAUGCCACCCAUCAGUUUCCAAGACCUUCCUCUCAACAUCUACAUGGUCAUCUUCGGCACAGGCAUCUUUGUCUUCAUGCUCAGCCUCAUAUUCUGCUGCUAUUUUAUCAGCAAACUCCGGAACCAGGCACAGAGUGAACGAUACGGAUACAAGGAGGUGGUGCUGAAAGGUGAUGCCAAGAAGUUACAGUUAUAUGGGCAGACCUGUGCGGUGUGCCUGGAAGACUUCAAGGGGAAGGAUGAGCUGGGCGUGCUCCCGUGCCAACACGCCUUUCACCGCAAGUGUCUGGUGAAAUGGCUGGAAGUGCGCUGUGUGUGCCCGAUGUGCAACAAGCCCAUUGCCGGGCCCUCGGAGGCCUCUCAGAGCAUUGGGAUCCUUCUGGAUGAGCUGGUGUGAGGGCUGCUUCUGCACCCAGACCUGGAGGAGACUUCUUGCCUUGGGAGUGCCUGGUCCCCCUGCGCAGCUACAAUGAGAAAGAUUGUUGGGAGUGGUCACGCUCACCUGAGGAGAGGACAGGCCAGGGCUGGUCUUCCGCCUUCAGGGAGAGCAAGGCCACUGCCAAGAACACCCCACCUUUCCACCUCCUGAAGCCUUCUUCCCUCCUCUCAGCCCUGAUGCUGUCACCACCAAGGCCGCUGUUUCCUGGUACUGGACGACCUCCCUGCCUGGUCCCUGCUCUGGGGGAAGGAGUCUGCUCCGGUCUAGCCAGGAGCAUGGAGCGUCUCUGCCCAAGGUUCCCCUUAGGAGGACAAGCUGCCCUGACUGACCUCUGGUCCCCCAUCCUCUCCCAACUCCUUCCACAGGAAGGGUGGAAAGGAAGGAAGGAAGGAAGGAAAAACAAGGCACCAAGGACCCGCCCUGGGGGCACAGGAGGCUCUGUGUCGAACAGGGAAGAGCGGGGCGGACAAGAGGAAAAAGUCGAUGUUUACAUGGGACUAUUGGAACAAAGGCUGGCCUGCCGGCUGGCCGACUACAAGCUGGCAGGGGAGACUCCUUCUCCUGCCAGGAUCUGAGGUGCUAUCAGUUCUCUCCCUCCUCCUCUCAGAGUUUCUAUUCUGUGUGGGGCCUGAGUGCCCCUCUAGGGGAAGGUCUACACUCAAACGGAUUCCCAGGGGCUUUUUCUAAAGGAACAAAAGGGGCUGGGGGCUGGGGGUGUCUGCAGGCCAUGGAGGCACAGACGCCUUCUUUACCCUGUAAAUAGUAUUUUUCUACUUCCUCCUCACCAUCUCAGGCUUUACUUGUGGAUGCCCCGGAACAAGGUGGGGGAGGGGUGGGAGAAAGUUUAUGUAUUUAAAGAAUAUUAAAUUUAAU